AUGGAUGAUUUAUUUGUUGAUUGUCGUGCAAUACAAGAUCAUAUUCCUUCAUUUUUAUUAGCAUCAACUGGUCAAUGUCGUUUAGUCAUAAUUGAAAUUGAUGUUGGUGAUAGUAAAAAUGGUAUUGAAAAAAUAAUUAAAUUUAUUUGUGAAAUUAAAUCUGACAAACCAUUAGAAAAUCUUAUUCAAUCUCUAGAUAAUUAUCUAUAUUAUCAUCGAAGUAAUAAUAUUUUAUUAAAUAAUUGUCGAACAUUUGUUGAAUAUCUUAUUGAUAAAAAAGAUAUUCGUCGGAAAACGAGAAUUAAUAUAAUAGGUCAUUCUCUUGGUGGUACACUUCCUCGUUUUUCCCUUCGAUUUUGGCCAGAUAUUCGAUCAAUGGUAAAUCAUUUAAUUGCAUUUGGACCAACAAAUUGUGAAACAAUAAUGGCUGAUGCAGCGUGCAGUGUUGUUCCAUGUCCUAUUGCUGCUAUUCAACAACGAAUAAAUUCUUCAUUUCUUGAUGCAUUAAAUUCUUAUAAAGAAACAUUUCCUCCAAUUAAAUAUACAAAUAUAUUAUCAAAAUUUGAUGAACUUGUUCAACCACUUAAUAGUAGUGAAAUAAAUGCUCAAUGUGUUAAAAAUAUUUCUAUUCAAGAUAUUUGUCGAUUAAGAAUAUUUGCUGAACAUCUUGCAGCUGGAAUUUAUGAUUAUUGUGGUUAUAUAUUAACAAUGAAUGCAUUAAAUUCACAAUCAUUUAAAAAUAUUUCAUCAGAUAAAUGUUGUUCAAAAAUUUUAAUGCCUGGUAUUAAUUUAACUAAAACAGAAUUUAUUUCUAAAGUUAUUUAUUCAGCUGAAGAACAUGCACGACAUUUACUUUAUAUUUUGGUGAAGUAA